AUGCUCGGGGAUCGCAGCUAUUCCCUACUCUUGAGUGACAAGGAAGUCUCCUGGAAGAGGAACAAAAGUCAUCCCGGAAUACCCUCGACUCCAACCCAAGGGUCUCCACUGGGUGGCGCCUCACCAAUCUCUGUCACCGCAUUCUCAUCCGCUGAAGCAAUCGGAGUAGGCGCCGGAGGUGGUCAAAAGUCAGCUUGUGGGACGCUUUGGGGGGCAGAGGGAGAAACAGAAAAACAGGGGUGGAGGCCUGGCGAAGAGGAAGAGGAUGUCGAGGAGGAUGAGGACGGCGAAGCGAAGGGGAUGGGCGAUAAAGCGAGGAUCGUGGCGUUCAUCCGUCGCAUGACUUUCAAUGGCUUGCUGGCGGAAGACGACCGAACUGCCCUGGAGAACAGUGCUGUGGCUGGGGAUGCCGUAAUCAACGCCGCUUUCGCCGUGGCCUUACGUAGCCAAGACGUGGACUACCUGUCGGCGCUGUUCAAGGAUAUCGCAAGCAAUAGAAGAGGCAGCCCACAGGGGAUGCGACUGCUGGAAGCGAAGCGAGAGAUGCUGGACAUGGUAGAGGUGCUUCAGCAGGCCGACGAGGUGGACGACGAACAGCUCGUGUACCUGCAGAACCUGAUCCUGGUGUCUAACGAAGCUGUUUCAGAUGCUUUCGGUGUGUACGAAGAGGAUCAAGACCCUGUGCGCUUGGCCGAGUCGCUCAAACAGCUGUGCGGGGCUCAAGACGGCGCCGUGAAACCAGCUGCUGUUGCUGCAGUCUCUGCUGCUGACGACAACGACGACAAUGACGUCUUGAAGACGGAGGCAGACCACGAUGCCAUGCAGGCCACCAUCCUGAAAGUAGCCACUAACCUCACCAACGAGUCUCUGCUGGGACCCCGGGAGGCGAGCGUGCUGAACACAAUGAUCUCGAGAGAGAACCCCGUGCUGGUCGCGGCUUUCAAGCUUUUUCGGGAGAAUGGGAAAGCGGCGGAGCUGUACGAUACCGUUGCCCGUGCGGCUCGCUUCGAGACGGGACGUGUCGCAGGACAGUCAGGGUCGCGAGGUGAACAGGAGUCUGGAAACGCCGGCCAGGUCGCUGGGUCCUCCCAACGCCUGCAGGUAACUCGCAAAGCCAGCGCUGCAGCGGCCACUGCUGCCGAAAGCGCUGCUGCCGCCGGUCUCGAUGAUACUCGGGGAAAAGGUGGACGGGCCUGCCGGGUGGGUGCACCUACACGCGAUUCUGGUGCGACUACGGCGGACGAGGACGGCGUGGGCGAAGGAGCGGACCGGGCAGCGGCUCUCAUGGAGUUCCAGAGGCUUGUAACGUUGGCGGUGCAAAAGGAUAUGAUGGACAUGUGCGAUGCAAGGGUUUCUCGUGAGGAGGCCCUCUGUCUAGCGACCCCCUCUCCCGGCUGCACUCAAGCUAUCCUGAAGUCGCUGGAGGAAUUCGAGGGGAGCUCCAACCGGGAUAGGCUGCUGAACGCGUUUGCUGGUAUUGCGAAGGCGGAGAUGCUCAAGAGAAACGGAAAAGACCGGGAAGGCGAGGAUGAGGAAGAGGAAGAGGAGGAGGAAGAGGACGAUGAAGAGGAAGAGGAGAACAACAGUGAGCAAGAUGGAGAGGAAAGAUUGGAUGGAGAACGACAAGAGGAGAAUGAGAACGAAGUUUCCGACGAUAGGGCGAUGGUGGAGCUCAUGGAGCUGGCCGACUGCAUGGCCGGAGACAAGAGCAUCGGUGCUCAAGAGGCGGCCUUGCUCGCCAAGCUGAUCGAGAAUAAAUACCCCCCAGUAAUUCAAGCCUACGAGGACUACGCCGCUUCGCAGGAUGUUGGCGCAUUGGUGAGUGCUCUCAUGGCAAUCGUGGGAACGCAAGGCGGCGAACAAGAAGUCGGUGGAAUGGAAGAACCACGCGCUCAAGAAGAGAAGCAGCGCCGGCGAGAGCGGGUGGUGCUCCUGAUGCACGAUACGAAGGUGCUGACAGCCUCCGACGCUACACGGCUGCUCUUGCUUCUUGCUCAGGAGGACCCCAAUUCUUUGGCGGCUUUCGAAGCGUUUGACUCGUCCAAGGAUGUAUCCUCUCUGGUGGAAGCCAUCAAGACCAUUCUGCAAGAUGCGCCGCCUAUUGCUCCGGCGAUGCUGACCAUGGAAGCGCACCCAGAUGGCGGCCGCUCCAACUCAUCGCAGCUCCUCACACAGAUCUUGCAGCCCCUUCCUGACGCCAAUGAUGAUGCCGCAACUUCCGAGGACAGUGAUGGCAGCGCCAGGCUUGAUAGUGGAAACAAUGCAGCAAACAUUGAGAUGGGCGAAGAUGGAGGCAGUGAUGCUGAUGCUGUGGUAGCAGAGAAUGUUGUCAGCAUCGUGGACGGCAUGGGGCUCGACGAGAGCGAAGCUGCCGCGCUUCGGCUAGCGAUUGCCAAUGGGGACGUCAACAUGAAAGGGGCCCUGGAGCUCUUUAGGCUGGACUCGGACGCUCAAGAGCUGGAAGACACGUUUGCCAGAGUGGCUAGGCUGGUUCUGGAGCGCGAGCAUGAGUCUAGACUGACUGGACAGGUUCCUGACGCCUCAAGGGCGAUGGGCGAAAAUUCCUGCGAUAGCAACAAUGACGUUGCUACUGCAAAUUCGGGAGAAGAGACAAGAAACAUCGAUUUCACGCUCGAUGGCAAGGCAGGACUCUUCCAGGAGUUGCUCCAGCAGCUCGAGCGCGUGGGUGUGAUGAGUGAGGCGCAGGCGGUGGUGAUCAUGGAUAGAUACCGUAGCAAGGACGCCGUCGUGUUUGCUGCCCUCGAUGUCUACAAGAACGAGAAUGACAUGUCCGAACUUGUCGACACGCUCAAGAGGCUCACCUGAGCUAUGCAGGGAUGGCGCCAUGGAGAGCACUGCUCGUAGAUAUUCUGGUAGUGCAAAGUAGGCCGCUGUAUUGUGUACAAACCACCGAGGCACACAGCCUAGUUGCACGGAAUAUUGUAUAGGAAGCACGGCGGCUGGUAAUCAAAGAUCAGGUGCGUUUGCCAAAAUGGACCGGGUCGAUGAUCUUGUCGCUCUACACGCAAACGCAGUGAAACAUACAUUCGGCGACUAUGAGGACCUGUCGCCCAUGUUCUGUGAAUAU